CCAUCAACGUUUAAACACUUCAUAAACAUAACCUCAAAAAGCAACUCUCACUUUUGCAAUAAGAAUACAAGAUAAAUUGCAAGUCCAGAUGGCCCUUUCUUCGGUCAAUAAAUUCGCAUUGCGUCUAUUAAAGGACUUUCGACCUGGUUUGUUAGCUCCUGCUCUUACAAACACGAAUUUGGAUAUAGUUCGACAUAGAAGAACAAAACAUUUCAAUCCAAAGUUUAGGCAGCUUCGGAAACUAAAAGUAAUAAAAGUGAAACUGCCAAAGUUUAAUGAAAAUACCGACGAUUUAACUGAGGAAGAAAUACGUUCAAAAAUGAAAGAGCGAGGCAUGUUACCUCCCAGACCAUGGAUAGAAAACCAGUAUUUCAUAUCGUCGACGGGCGGCAUUUUCGAACCUUAUGUACCACCAGAAGGCGACGGUAAAGUUUCGCCCGUGUCCGCUCAAGGUGCCAAGCAGAAGUUACAGUUUCUCGAAAAGAAAACCAAAACAAUGAUGGCAAUUCGCAAGAUUCGGUCAUUUGAGGAGGAGUUUGAUACUCCCACCUUUUGUAAGUUAGCAGAAAAUAUUUAUAUUAAAGCGCACGAGUGUAUGAUGUCAAGAGAUGAAGAAGAAGUUAUAAAGUAUGUAACGGAAACAGCGUAUCCUGAAAUAUUAAAUAACAUUGCUAAUAAAACAAUUCGUUGGAAAUUUUUGAAGAAUAUAGAAUUGCCCAGAGUUGCUCACGCACGCUGUACUGAUGUUAUUACAAAGGAGAAUAUUUUUGCACAGAUAACCGUUAGAUUUCACAGUCAGCAGGUGUUGGCAGUUUACGACAGGUUUGGUAGGCUACUACAUGGCAGUGAAAUUAUUGCAAAAGAUGUUUUGGAGUAUGUUGUUUUUGAGAAGCACUUAGCCAAUGAAUAUGGUGUCUGGCGUAUUCACGGUAAAAUAAUUCCAGAUUGGUUACCCCGUCGAGAUGCUACUUUACUCACUCAUAAGUUACCCUCUACCAGUGAAACGGGUGUAAAUACAAAGAAGGCGGAUACAGUUGUAGCACAACCAUCAGAAAGUGAAACUGUGACUACAUAGUUUGUUUGUAAUUUAGAAAUGUAGUUUUUUAAUAUUAAAUAGAAAUGUACACAUUGUA